AUGACCGACCAGAACGCCCCAAACACACAGUCUAACAGGAUCCAAAUUCGCGUGGAGCCCAUCACAACCCCGGCAGACUUCAACCGAUUCUUUGAGAUUGCUGCCCUCACCUUCGGCCAUCAGGUCCAAGAUGGUGUCUGGUGCGCCAUGAACCCUGGCUGGGAUACACCUGAGGGUCGUUCGAGCGGCAGUGCCCGUCUUGCUGCGCGCUGGUCCACCACCACCAAAGACCGACAUGGCAACCCCAACACCAUUUUCCUCAAGGCCGUUCUCGGAGACGGCUCGGCGGAUGAGGGAAAGAUUGUCGGCGUGGCUAUCUGGGAGCAGGCUUCCAUGGUAGACGGGUACGGCCAGGCACCUGCCACCGAAAUGGACAAUGCGCACCUGGAAGCCGUGUACCCAAAUCAGCCGGGUGAACAGCGGUAUCUCCGGCAGGUAGACCUUUCACUACGUCGGCGCCGCUUGGAGGUGAUCCGUGAGAUUGCGACGAGUGCAUCCCCCGCGGUCAUGGUGUUGGACUUAUGUGUGGUCGACCCAUCGUUCCAGCGACUCGGAAUUGCUACCAGACUGGUAGAAUGGGGCCUUCGUGAGGCGAAGGCACGUGGUGGGUUGGAAGCUGUGCUGGAAGCUUCGAGCAUGGGGCGGCACGUUUAUAGGAAGCUUGGGUUUGAACAAGAGGGGGGUGAGUUCAUUUACGACGUGGAUGAGGAGUUUCGGCAUCGUGAGCAACCGUCGAAUGUGUUUAUGCGCACCGGUAGACCAGUGGCAUGA